GUGACUUCAAAUAUGAGAAAACAACCAUCUGCGAAUCCUUCUUUUUCUUUCUUCAUCGCCAACAAUGGCGAAAUCACUGUCUCUAACCCACGUAUCCCUCCUUCUCCUCUCCCGUCAAAGACUCAUGGCCACACGAAUACACACACACUCUCUCUCACUGCCACUCCCAAACCCCAAACCUUUCAACAAAACCAUGUUUCCACACCCUUCCCUCUCUUUCUCCACCUCUUCCACUCCAUACCCUCUUCAAUACGACAUGAUCAUCAACCGCCCAACUCAGCCUCACCCUCCUCGCCGACUCACCCGAGUCAAUAACAACCCCAACAGCUCAGAAGACUCGCCCCAAAACCCCACUUCAGAAACGGGCAUUGAGGACUGGGUGGAUCAGAAGCUAUUGUCAGAGUGUGAAGCAAACAGACCCAGUUCGGGAAACUUGGAAAUGAACAAGUCUAUGAGGAAGUAUUACAAUAAGAGGAGGAAAAGAAUGUAUGGGUCGGAUUCAGAUGAGGAUGGUAGGAGCUCUGAGGAGAGGUUUGUGGAGUUGAAGCCUGAGGUUGUGGAGUUUAAUACCUUGCACAAGAGAGAGGAGGAGUUGUAUUUUUAUGAUACUUUUGCUUAUCCUUGGGAAAAGGAGAAGCAUUAUAAGAUGGUGUAUCAGUUGGAGAAGAAGUAUUUUCCAGAUCAAUGCCUUGACAAGGCGUUUCUUCAACCGGGUGAAUCCAAUGAGAGUAAUGUGAAGAGGGGAAAGAAGAAGAAGAAAGAGGAGGGUGUGGAUGGUAAAGGAUUGGUUUUCUUCGAGGAGGAAGAGGGAGGAGGAGAAAAGGGUAGGAUAGAAUUGGCGAAAAAGGAUGCGAAUAAGGAUGUUGUGGAGAAGAAGGUGGAGGAGUUCUUUAAGUGUUUGAAGAAAGGUCCCAAUAAGGAUGGUGAAGUUAAGAAUGAGGAGCCAUAUCUUUUGACAAGGAGUACCGAGCUUCCACCAAGAUGGGAUGGUCCUUGUGGGACAGUGGUGUUGGUGAACAAACCCAAAGGGUGGACUUCAUUUACAGUUUGUGGAAAACUGCGACGCCUGGUCAAAGUUAAAAAGGUAGGGCAUGCUGGAACCCUUGACCCAAUGGCAACUGGUUUAUUAAUUGUAUGUGUUGGUAAAGCCACUAAGUUGGUAGAAGGAUAUCAAGGUAUGGUUAAGGGUUACAGUGGAGUUUUCCGUUUAGGGGAGGCCACUUCAACUUGGGAUGCUGAUUCACCGGUUAUUCAACGAGAGCCUUGGGAGCAAAUCAAAGAUGAGGACUUGAAGAAAACUGCUGCAUCCUUUUGUGGGGAAAUUUGGCAAGUUCCCCCAAUGUUCUCUGCCAUCAAAGUCGGAGGAGAAAGGAUGUAUGAAAAAGCAAGAAGAGGAGAAAGUAUUGAGCUUUCACCUAGAAGGAUUUCAAUCUUCCAAUUUGAUAUCGAGCGUAGCUUAGAUGACAGACAAAAUCUGAUUUUCCGUGUGACAUGCUCGAAAGGUACAUACAUACGUUCAUUAUGUGCAGAUUUUGGGAAGGCUCUUGGCAGUUGUGCUCAUUUAACUGCUCUUCGAAGGGAUUCAAUUGGGGAAUAUUCAGCAGAUAAUGCAUGGGAUUUCAAGGAGCUCGAAGAUGCAAUUACCAAAAAUUAUUUCUAAUUGCCAAUCCAGUCUGUUGCUCCCUCCCAAAACUUUUGGGGCGACUAGAAUGAACAGGUCCACAGGAUAGGAUAGCAUAGGAUAGAACCAUUUUUUGAGUGCACAGUAGCAUAAGAGAUUUUCUGUGCUCAUACUUUUGCUUCUUUGAAAAUGUGAUACAAAGUGAAAUCCGUUGUAGCAUUUACAAGACAUUUACGACAUCCAUUGUCUGCAUCAACGCGCACAGUGCAAAAGCAGGUGUGACUCAGCCCCACUGUCCAUGUGUUUGUGUUCUGAUUUACAGAACUUCCUCAUACCUGACUCAUUGUCCUAGACUCCUUUAUGGCCAGAAUUUAUAUUGUUUGUAUCACAGUUCUUUCUUGUUUUCAAUAUUUUCACAAGCUAACGAAAUGACUUGUCCUUUUUAUUUUAUUUUUUUAAAGCC